GAGGGGAUACGAAUGAACCUGUGACGUUUACGAAGCAGGUCUUUACGAUACUGUCCACGCCAAACGAAUGACCCGUCCUGGUUCGAUCCAUUUUCUACUUUAACUUCGAUUUCUUCUUUAUUCUUUUGAUUUUGAUUACGAUCAAAGAAGAAUUUCUUUGAAAAUGAUUCCGAACUGCAUCAGAAAUAUAGGCGCGCAAACCUCAAAGCGAAACUUCGGAAGCUGGAAUGAGGUGGUAUCUUAUUUCUUCAACAAAAAAAAUAAUUAUGCCACAGAGGCUUCAUUUGAAACAAAACCUUUUCGAUUACACAAACUGGACAGUGGACCAUCCACUCAUGUUACUGUCACCAGAGAUGAAGCCCUAGAUAUGUAUAGAAAAUUACAUACAAUUCGACGUAUGGAAACAGCAGCAGGAAAUUUGUAUAAAGAAAAAAUUGUUAGAGGUUUCUGUCAUUUGUAUUCGGGCCAGGAAGCUUGUGCUGUUGGUAUAAAGGCAGCUCUUCGAUCACAAGAUGCUGUCAUCACAGCCUACCGAGCUCAUGGAUGGACUUACUUAAUGGGAAUAGAACCAUUUGGUGUAUUAGCUGAAUUGACCGGUAGGAAAAGUGGCAAUGCAAAGGGUAAAGGUGGAUCUAUGCACAUGUAUUGUAAAAACUUUUAUGGUGGAAAUGGCAUUGUUGGUGCUCAAGUGCCAUUAGGAGUUGGAAUUGCCUUUGCUCAAAAAUACAUGAACACUGGAGGAGUGUGUGUAGCACUUUAUGGAGAUGGUGCAGCUAAUCAAGGACAAGUAUUUGAAGUAUAUAAUAUGGCCAAAUUGUGGGAUGUUCCUUGUAUUUUUGUUUGUGAAAACAAUGGAUAUGGUAUGGGUACUAGCGUUGAUCGCGCUUCCGCAAGUACAGACUAUCAUACAAGAGGAGACUACAUUCCUGGAAUUUGGGUGGAUGGUAUGGAUGUACUGGCAGUUAGGGAAGCUACAAGAUUUGCUGUAGAUUUUUGUACAUCUGGCAAAGGUCCUAUUAUCUUGGAAACUGUAACUUACAGAUAUAGUGGACAUAGUAUGUCAGAUCCUGGAACGAGUUAUCGUACAAGAGAAGAAGUUCAAGAAGUAAGACAGACCAGAGAUCCUAUCACUGGUUUCAAAGAACGAAUACUGAAUUCUAAUCUUAUUACCCAAGAGGAAAUAAAGACGAUGGAAAAUGAAAUAAGAAAAAUGAUCGAUGACGCUGUGAAAGCCGCGAAAGCAGAUUCUGAAAUUCCAUUGAACGAACUUACUGCCGAUAUUUAUGCCAAUUGUGUAGAAAAAGAAAUUCGUAACAUAACUCCAUUUAAUCCUCUGUCACACACGAGGCUAGGUCCAGCUGUUAAUGCCUAA